AAAGCCCAAGCCCUGCAACCUACCUGCACAUAACGCUCGUGCUCGCAAACAAGCUUGCGAGUUCGAGGCGUGACGACUCCUUUUGCAUGUUGCAUGCCGUAGGUCUGGUGUUGUAAUCCUCUUCCUCCUCCCCACCCCGUCGCCUCCUCUCCAUCUCGCGAUUCGAACCAGUGCCCCAUUGCGGGCGAGCGCCACAGCCGUUGCUAGGCUCGAAGGAAGGGAUCGGGCGUCCGGGGCUCGGGUUCCCAGGAGGAAGAGGAAGGAAGCGGCGGGCGAUCGAUCGGAGAGGCCACUCGGGAUCGGGUGAGUCGUCGUUUGCUCUUCGUUCGAAUAACCCCUCCCUGGGUGGUGGGGGCCUGCUUGCGUCCGCCUGUCGCCGCCGCGCCGCGCCGCGCCGUUGUCAUCACUCACCACGAGCGUCCCGCCUAAUGCUGCAGGACGGGGCCGGGGGCGGGGGCGGCGUCUCGCGGCGGGUGUGCCGCGGCGGCGCAUGAACUCUGACACCGCGGGCGGCCAGCGCAGCAGCAGAAACCGCACAAGGGGCGACGCGGCGAUGCCUACCUCCUCGCCCUUCACCGGCCACGGCGGCGGCGCGGGCUCCCCGAACUGCAUCGAGCGCAGGCUCCGGGAGCACAGCCGCCGCCACCUCUUCUCGUCGGCAUCGCCGGACGAGAUGGACACCGACGCCGCCGAGCCCGCCUCCACUGGGGCCUUCGCCGCGGACGGAGUCCAAUCGCCCGGGGCCGCCGAGCCCGCCAACAUGGAGGACGCUGGCGGCGCGGCCGCGGGGCACGCUGCGCGGCCACCGCUCGCUGGCUCCCGCAGCGGGUUCCGCCGCCUCGGCCUCCGCGGCAUGAAGCAGCGCCUCCUCGUCGUCGCUAAUCGCCUACCUGUCUCCGCCAACCGCCGCGGCGAGGACCAGUGGUCACUGGAGAUCAGCGCCGGCGGCCUCGUGAGCGCCCUCCUCGGAGUGAAGGACGUCGACGCCAAGUGGAUCGGCUGGGCGGGCGUCAACGUCCCCGACGAGGUUGGCCAGCGAGCUCUCACCAGAGCACUCGCCGAGAAGAGAUGCAUACCAGUGUUCCUGGAUGAGGAGAUUGUGCACCAGUACUACAAUGGGUACUGCAACAACAUCCUGUGGCCGCUGUUCCACUACCUUGGACUACCACAGGAGGACAGGCUGGCAACCACAAGGAACUUCGAGUCACAGUUUGACGCGUACAAGCGUGCAAACCAGAUGUUCGCUGAUGUUGUCUAUCAGCACUACCAGGAGGGGGAUGUAAUCUGGUGCCAUGACUACCACCUCAUGUUCCUGCCCAAGUGCCUCAAGGACCAUGACAUCAACAUGAAGGUCGGGUGGUUCCUGCACACGCCAUUCCCGUCAUCAGAGAUUUACCGGACGCUGCCAUCCCGUUUGGAGCUGCUUCGCUCCGUGCUAUGUGCUGAUUUAGUCGGGUUUCAUACAUAUGAUUAUGCAAGACAUUUUGUGAGUGCAUGCACUAGAAUACUUGGACUCGAGGGUACCCCUGAGGGUGUGGAAGACCAAGGAAUACUAACCAGGGUUGCAGCGUUUCCUAUUGGGAUAGACUCUGAUCGUUUCAAGCGAGCAUUGGAGCUUCCAGCAGUUAAAAGGCACAUUAAUGAAUUAACACACCGUUUUGCUGGUCGAAAGGUAAUGCUUGGUGUUGAUCGACUUGACAUGAUCAAGGGAAUUCCACAAAAGAUUUUGGCCUUUGAAAAGUUUCUUGAGGAAAACCCGGACUGGAAUGAUAAAGUUGUUCUACUGCAGAUUGCUGUGCCAACAAGGACCGACGUCCCUGAGUAUCAAAAGCUUACAAGCCAAGUACAUGAAAUUGUCGGGCGCAUAAACGGUCGAUUUGGAACAUUGACUGCUGUCCCUAUUCAUCAUCUGGACCGAUCUCUUGAUUUCUAUGCCUUGUGUGCUCUUUAUGCAGUUACUGAUGUAGCUCUUGUAACAUCACUGAGAGAUGGCAUGAAUCUUGUAAGCUAUGAGUAUGUUGCAUGCCAAGGAUCAAAGAAAGGAGUUCUGAUAUUGAGUGAGUUUGCUGGGGCAGCACAAUCACUUGGAGCCGGUGCCAUUCUAGUAAACCCUUGGAACAUUACAGAAGUCGCAAACUCAAUACAUCAUGCUUUGACAAUGAAACCUGAUGAGAGAGAGAAACGACACAGGCAUAACUAUGCUCAUGUGACAAGUCACACAGCUCAAGAUUGGUCUGAAACUUUUGUAUGUGAGCUAAACGAUACGGUUGCUGAAGCACAACUGAGAACAAGACAAGUUCCUCCCAGUCUCCCUAGUCAAACAGCAAUCCAACAAUAUUUGUGUUCUAAAAAUCGUCUGCUCAUAUUGGGUUUCAAUUCAACAUUGACUGAGCCAGUCGAAUCCUCUGGGAGAAGGGGUGGUGACCAAAUUAAGGAAAUGGAGCUCAAGUUGCAUCCAGACUUAAAGGGUCCUUUGAAAGCCCUAUGCGAGGAUGAGCGUACUACAGUUAUUGUUCUCAGUGGAAGUGACAGGAGUGUUCUUGAUGAAAAUUUUGGAGAAUUUAACAUGUGGUUGGCAGCAGAGCAUGGGAUGUUUUUACGCCCGACUGAUGGACAAUGGAUGACAACAAUGCCUGAACAUCUGAACAUGGACUGGGUUGACAGCGUAAAGCAUGUUUUUGAAUACUUUACAGAAAGAACCCCAAGAUCUCAUUUCGAACACCGUGAAACGUCAUUUGUGUGGAAUUACAAGUAUGCUGAUGUUGAAUUUGGAAGACUACAAGCAAGAGAUAUGCUGCAGCACUUGUGGACAGGUCCAAUCUCAAAUGCAGCUGUUGAUGUUGUUCAAGGGAGCCGAUCGGUUGAAGUUCGGUCUGUUGGAGUCACAAAGGGUGCUGCAAUUGAUCGUAUUCUAGGGGAGAUAGUUCAUAGCGAAAGCAUGGUUACUCCAAUUGACUAUGUCCUAUGUAUAGGACACUUCCUCGGAAAGGAUGAGGACAUUUAUGUCUUUUUCGAUCCUGAGUAUCCUUCUGAAUCGAAAGUAAAACCAGAUGGCGGCUCAGCAUCUGUUGACACGAGGCCGAACGGAAGACCGUCAAAUGGCAAGAGCUAUUCCAGGAAUUCUCAGUCCAGGAUACAGAAGGCACAGGCUGCAUCUGAGAGGUCAUCUUCAUCAAGUCACAGCACCACAAGUAGUAAUCACGACUGGCGCGAAGGGUCUUCGGUUCUAGAUCUGAAGGGUGAGAAUUACUUCUCCUGCGCUGUUGGAAGGAAGCGCUCGAACGCCCGUUACCUGCUUAACUCGUCAGAAGAGGUUGUCUCCUUCCUCAAAGAAUUGGCAACAGCAACAGCUGGCUUCCAGUCUAGCACUGCUGAUUACAUGUUCUUGGAUAGACAGUAAAUACCUCUAGCCUCCAGGCUUCACCAGAGAAGUAUUAACCUAAAAAAUAUUCAUUUCAUAUAUGCGCGACAGAGUUACACCCGUAGCUGGUCAGCAUGUUGUACAAUUCUGUACAAAAUCUAAGCUCGUGAUAAAACUGCGAGAGGAGAGCCAAUGAAAAAGAUAAAAGGGUUUAGAGAGUUUAUUCGCUUCUGGUAUGAUCUGCAAUCGGCAGGAUCCUUUUUAUCGACGCAUGCUUACACUGAAUGCUCUGUCAAACAUGAAGGUGCAGCUGCUGAAAACCAAACCUUUUUUUUUUGUUACAUCUCAACCUGCUGGUUUCUA